GUUUGCACUCGUCUAUUCUACAAAAAAAAAUUAGUUUCGAUGAACAAAAUUUUGGAAUCCUUUAAAAAAUGACCGGCUUUAAUUAUUAGUAUAGUGAUUGCAUCGAUAAAAGAGCUACUUUAUCUUCUAAACACAGCAAUGAAUUAUGAUGUAACUUGUUGUUUUUAAACACGAAUUUACAAACGAUCGACCGAUUAUUUUCCACGUGUAAUAAGCACUUGAGAUACUGAAAUUAACAUGAACAUGUUCUCGUGCUGUCUCAUCACUGCGUAUUGUAAUGUCAUUCACUCGAGUGGUAAAAUGUCUCGAGAUAAUCGUAUAAAAAUAUUUCACUAUUGAACUCGCAGCUACUGGGUGCGAACAAUUUGUACUCAAUUUUUGUUUUAAAAUUAUGAAUUCUUUCAGAACUAUAAUCAAUAAUUUAUUCAAUAAGCAUUUAUUUAUCACUAAUGUAGCCAGUAGUUCACUUCUGAUGGCCGCCGGAGAUGCGAUCGAACAAAAAAUGGAUUUUGCUGACAAAGGGGAGAGUCAUAAAUGGUCCAGAACAGGCAACAUGAUAGGUGUUGGUCUUCUCUUAGGACCUCUACAGCAUAUAUUUUAUAAAUGUAUCGACGAAAGGUUUCCCAGUCGAGAUAUCAGAUCUGUAUUCAAAAAGAUAGCAUUAGACCAAAUAAUAGCAUCGCCGGUGUAUAUUGUAGCAUUUUUCAUUUGCUGUGGAACAUUGGAAAGAAAAAUUGAAGAAUCUAAGAAAGAAAUCAAAAAUAAAUUCUUCGAUAUUUACACAGUCGAUUGUCUCGUAUGGCCACCUUCACAAUUUAUCAAUUUCUUUUUUGUCAGUCCUCAAUUUAGAAUGUUGUACGUGAAUUGUACCACCAUGAUUUACGAUGUAUUUUUAACCUAUAUCAAACACAAGGAUACCAGUUCAUCGUCGAGUGGAAGACUCCAGUAAUCAAAGAACAAAUUAAUUUAAGUAUUUUUAUAAUAAAACAACGUAUGUACAAUAGAGAAUACAAUACUAUCUCGA